CACAAAUCAAAGGUUCCUUCAGGCCAGGGCUGCAAUCGAAGGGGCUAACCCCAAUGUCUUCCUCCGCCGCCACUCCCCCCGACGAUCACCACCACCAAUCCGCCACUAAAGGCUCAGAUUCACAAACGGAGCCUGAACUGGAUGACGACGAAGAAUAUGAAGAAAUCGAAGAGGAAGUUGAGGUCGAAGAGGAGGUAGAAGAAGAGGUCGAAGAGGAGGUAGAAGUAGAAGAAGAGGUAGAAGAGGAGGUAGAAGUAGAGGAAGAGGUCGAAGAGGAAGAUGAAGAAGAAGAAGAAGAGGAGGAAGAAGGAAUUGGCGAAGAGUUAUCACCAAUCAAUGAAGAUCAUCAAAACGGUGGAUGUGGCAAAUUGCAAUUGUCAGCUUUAAGGACUGUUGUCAAUGUUCUUUUUGCAGUUGAACGGUUUGACAAUUGUUGGAAAGAAUGGAUAUUGUUGGGUGCUGCUGUUCCUCAUUGA